GCGAGCCCGGAGGGGCCGGGGCUGCCGCAGCGCCGCGCAGGUCCCGCCGCCCGCCCCGCACCGAGCGCUCCAUCCCCGCACCGAGCGCUCCAUCCCCGCCCGCCCCGCACCGAGCGCUGCUCUCCAUCCCCGCCCGCCCGGACCGCACGGACCGAGCCGCAGCGCUCCCGCCGCCGCCCCGCCGGCCCCAAGCCACCAUGACGUUCAAGCAGUCGGUGGUGGCCCCCGAGGCCACGGCCAGCACGCCGCCCAUCAGCAGCACCGACAACUCCACCGAGGCGGCGCCGGGCGAGAGCCGGGAGGACGUGUUCACCAAGCUGCGGGACAAGUUCAUGAACGAGCUCAACAAGAUCCCCUUGCCACCCUGGGCCCUCAUCGCCAUCGCCGUCGUGGCCGGGCUCCUCAUCCUCACCUGCUGCUUCUGCAUCUGCAAGAAGUGCUGCUGCAAGAAGAAGAAGAACAAGAAGGAGAAGGGCAAAGGCAUGAAGAAUGCCAUGAACAUGAAGGACAUGAAGUCAGGCAACCAGGACGACGACGACGCAGAGACGGGUCUGACCGAGGGGGAAGGUGAGGAAGAGGAGAAGGAGCCAGAGAACCUGGGCAAGCUGCAGUUCUCUCUGGACUACGAUUUCCAGGCAAACCAGCUCACAGUGGGGAUCCUCCAAGCUGCUGAGCUGCCAGCUUUGGACAUGGGAGGCACCUCAGACCCCUACGUCAAGGUGUUCCUGCUCCCUGACAAGAAGAAGAAGUAUGAGACCAAAGUGCAGAAGAAGACCCUCAACCCUGCCUUCAAUGAGACCUUCACCUUCAAGGUGCCCUACCAGGAGCUGGGAGGGAAGACCCUGGUCAUGGCCAUCUACGACUUCGAUCGCUUCUCCAAGCAUGACAUCAUCGGGGAGGUGAAGGUGCCCAUGAACACCGUGGACCUGGGGCAGCCCAUCGAGGAGUGGAGGGACCUGCAGAGCGGCGAGAAGGAGGAGCCAGAGAAGCUGGGGGACAUCUGCAUCUCCCUCCGGUACGUGCCCACGGCCGGGAAGCUCACAGUCUGCAUCCUGGAAGCCAAGAACCUGAAGAAGAUGGAUGUUGGGGGCCUCUCAGAUCCCUACGUGAAGAUCCACCUGCUGCAGAACGGCAAGAGGUUGAAGAAGAAGAAGACCACAGUCAAAAAGAAGACCCUGAACCCCUACUUCAAUGAGUCCUUCAGCUUUGAGAUCCCCUUUGAGCAGAUACAGAAAGUGCAGGUGGUGAUCACGGUGCUGGACUACGACAAGCUGGGGAAGAACGAGGCCAUUGGCAAGAUCUUCACGGGGCUGAACUCCACGGGCACGGAGCUGCGGCACUGGUCCGACAUGCUGGCCAACCCCCGGCGCCCCAUCGCCCAGUGGCACUCGCUGAAACCCGAGGAGGAGGUGGAUGCAGCUCUUGGCAAGAACAAAUAGCUCUGCUGGCCACCAGUGCCCCACGGACAGCUGGCCCAGAGCUACUGAUACCUCAGUUCUGCACCUUCCUUUCGGGUUUUUGUUCUGUUUGAAGCUGAAAUGCCCUUUAAUGCCUCUGGAAGGGUAUCCAGGCAGUCCCAAUGCUUCCAGGGGAAGAGGUUAAAGACAUGGAUGGUUCUUUCUGUUCUUCAGCAUCGCUCCCUUCUGCUGCAUGUCCCAUUGCCUCUGUUUGCCAUCCCUGCCCAGUGCAAACCACUGUCACAGCUGGGGCCUUCCCCAGCAGCUGUGUCACCAGCCUGCAGCCCUGCUGCCACCCUCCUGCCCCUGGGAUCACGUGGGAGCCCUGGAAUGUUUCGUGGAGGAGAUUCUGGAGCCUGAUGGUGCGAGAUGACCAGACCCCCUGUGCUUGGCUGGGCAUGAGCAGCAGAGAGACAGAAAAUUGCUGCAGAAGACCCUCUGAGGAGACCCAGCUGCCUCCCCCUGGCCCUCCCCAAGGAAGGCUGAGUGCCCCUGGCCAGCUCCAGGUUUGGAGGCUGAGGAGAGGCUUGCAGGGGCCGUGGGUGCUGCUGUGGUGGUGGGGUGCCAAGCCCUCAGUGCUGCAGCAGGAGCUGUGGGAACUGGGCACAGGGAGCCUGGAGAGGGCUGCUGCAAGGAGGAAAUGUGGAUGCACCAGCAGCACUGUGUGGAUCAGCACCAGCACCAGCACCAGCACCUCUGUUUUGUCCCCAGAGGGGCAGCGCUGGGUGAUUUGCAUCUGUCCCACCAUGCUUGGUGAAUCCCAUAGAUCAAAAUGCUUCCACAAGGAGAUUUACAAUGAGAGGUCUCCAGAGGUGAUGGGGGCAGCCCCCCAGAGCUGCACCAGGUGUCUCCCAGGGACUGUCCCAGGGCUCAGCUGCACUGAGGGCACUCCCAGCCUCAGGGCAGCUGGGCCAUGGGGAGCUCCAGCCCCACCACCUGCUGUGGGUGGGGAUGGCAGCAGCAAGCCCGGGGCCAGCAAGGGACCAAAGCCCCUGACCCCACGAGCUGCUACUCCCCACCAGGCCAUUGGCUGCUGAACCCACCCUGUCCUGCUCCCCUUGGGGGAAUAAGCCAUAUCCAUGACCCUGACAGUGGCUAAGAGCUUCUCUAGGCUGCUUCUGCCACUGUUCCAGAAAAGCCCCUGAGUCAGAAAGCCAACAGAGUUCUCUGCAGCUGGGAGAGGGUGCAGCAGCCCUGCCCAGUUCAGUCCAGUCUGUGCUGGAGCACUGGUGUUAGCUCGUGUCCCUCCACAGCAGCCUCACACUCUGCUCCCUUUGGCUUCCCCGGACUCGGUGCUGGAGGUUCCAGCACUGCAGCAGUGAAGGGCUGAGUCCUGAGGAUGUGCUGGCACUGGAGAUGCUGCUCUGAGGGUCCAACACCUGGGACUGAGGUGCAGGGUCCAGGGACAAAGUGCCAAAACUGAGCUCAUCCCAGUGCUGUUGGAUGCUUUGGCAGCUCCCACAGCUCUGACUUCCCAAAGGGCUCCCAGCCCUCUCCAGAGGAGGGGAGAUCAUGGGAAACUUGGUGGCAGCUGCUGGAAACUUGGCUGGGGGGGCUCAAAUGGAUACAGGGACCAGCCCCUGUCCCAGGAGGGUUGUGCAGCUCUGGGACAGGUCCCCAGGGCAGGAGAUCUCCAUCCGUGGGAGGUUUGGGGCUCAGAUGGCCAAGCUGCAGUCUGGGAAGGGGAUGUUGGGCAGGGACCUCUAAUGCCCACCUCCACCACCACUGCACUUGGCCUGUGUGCUGAUGGAGGUGGCACUGGGGCCAGGCUGGGUCUGCAGGGGCCAUCUCCAGCUUUAAUUAGUCCCUUUUCCUAAUGGAUGUGUCAGUGUCAACAGAUGGGGUCCUGUCCUAACCCUGUAGCCAAAGGGACAAGUCUUGGGAUGCUUUUAAUAGUGGGGAGCUGGAGGGGGCUGAUGCCCCAUGUCAGGAGCACUGGUAGGACUCAGUCUCAUUUCAGGGUCCGUCCAGGCACCACAAGGGGCAGUUUCUGGGGGCAUUUGCCUUACAUGGAAUGGGUUAAAAGAGGAGGAAUUAGAAAAAGCACUGAAAUCUACUGUUUGCAGCCAGUGACUGUGCAUGGCCCCGCAGCCUUCCCGGGAAAGCAGGUGGAGGUGUGCACACCUCACACCUCACAUCUCACACCUGCACACCUGCACACCUGCACAUCUACACAUCUGCACACCUGCACAUCACACCUGCACACCUGCACAUCACACCUGCACACCUGCACACCUGCACACCUGCACAUCUGCACACCUGCACACCUGCACACCUGCACAGCACAGAUGCACACCUGCACAUCUGCACCCCUGCACACAUGCACACCUGCACACCUGCACACCUGCACACCUGCACACGCCAGUUGCACCCUCCCGUGUGCUCCUCUCCGCCCACCACCCCCCGCCCCAGACCCGCCGCACGGACCGGGGUCUCGCCAGGAGUGGAGAUCCCACCUGGCUGCUUUCCAUUUAGACUCUUUAAGCCUUGGGGAGGGGGAAAACUUUGACUUUAAUACAUGAUUUAUUUUUUUUUUUUUAAUAAACAAGGGAAAACCAACCAACAUCCUGAAGCCAUCUGCGCUGCCUCUGACCCCCCUUAGCUGUGUGUAGGUAAAUGAUACGGAGACAUAGCUGUAAAUACCACAGCAGUGCAUGCGAAGCACCCACGUAGCAGUAGCAGCAUGGCCCGACCCAGCGGCGCUGCCACCGCCCGUCCCCCGCUCCGGCCUCGCCACGGAGCCGGCGGCGACCACCAAAACUCAUCGCUCGAGAGCUCUCCACCGCCCUGAUUUUUUUUCCCUCCCAAAUUAAAUGAAAAUCCCCAAUUAAAUGAUAUUAAAGAAGAAAAUAAUGCCAAGAAGCAAAGCAUGCCAAGCCCGGCCCGCCAGCGGAGGGUGAGCUGUGCCCGACGCAGCCGUGGCGUCCACGUGUGUCGUGUUCUGUGUCUUGUCGCGUUUGUCCCAUGGCCGGGUAGCAGCAACAUCGUCGCUUCGGUGUCCUGUGUCGCGUUGGUGCAUUCACGUCAGAGCAACUUUAGAAGCCAUAUGAGAGCACGGACCCGCGGGCCAGCCCGGGCGAGCCGUGACCUCCCCCGUGUCCGCGUCCCCCGUGUCGUGGGGCGCAGGAGCCGCAGCCGCACCGCUGUCACCCGGGCGCGGGGACGGGACAGCGCUGCCACGGAUGUUGGGGUCGAGCUGCCGGUGAAAAGGCUUUUCGGAGCAGUUUGGGAUAUUUCUGCCAUGUCCAGUCGGUGGCAGCGAGCUGGCACUUCCCUCUCCUGGCGGCGCCGCGGAGCAAACCCAGCUGUGCCACGGAGAUGCUCCCGGGGUUAAAAAAGGAAGCGAACCCACGGGUCUUGGCGAUAGGCUCGGGCUCCUUUUCCUUUUUCUCCCGACCUGAGGGAGGAGGCAGCUCCUCGGCCGCCCCCGGCCCCACAGCGCUCGGCUCCGGCGGGAGCUGCUUUUAACGCCCCUUCCCCUCGUGUGGACUCUGUCGUUCCGUCUCUGAUCGUUCGAUGGUUAUUUUGUAAUGAUUUCCGUCUCCUUAUUAAAGAAACGAGCUGAAAGG